AUGGAAGACCUGGAGACAGCGAUACUGACUCAGAAACUGAUGCUCUUGCUGAUGGACUUUAGUGUGCCUGUAGAGGAGGAUGUGUUAAGACCUGCACCCAGAGAGGAUGAUGCACUUCUGCUGAGGAAGAGGGAAAGACAAGGUGAAGAAGACAUGAUCCAGAUGGCAUUGCGGAUGGCGGAAGAAAUGUCUGGCCCAAUUGAGGAUCUGGAGACGUCCGUGGAACCAGUUGCAGUAAGCUCAGAAGCACCUCCGCAGCAGCAGCACCUGACCAUGCAGUCAUACGAGACCCAGGCAGAGGAUGAUUACAUUCCACAAAGAUCUGUUCCGCAGCGGGUCCCCAAGCGACCCAGCCGAGGCAGAACCCCAGUGUCUAGAGCAAAGAAGCCGCGCUUGGAGCAACCGUUUCAUGGCGAUGCUUCCAUUCAGUCUCAGAUUCAGUCGAUGGAGCCACCUCCCGAUGCCAAUUUCCGUUUAAAGUUCACUUAUGGGGUGCAUGCCUGGCGACACUGGAUUGCCAACAAAAAUGCAGAGGUUGAAAAAGCCAAGCAGGCCACUGGAAACUAUAAGUUGCGGAAUUUUCCCAGCGAUCUGUUGAAAUGUACGACCGAAGACCUGAACAAUACAUUGUGCAUGUUCAUUAGGGAGGUUCGGAAGCCGAAUGGAGACGAAUAUUCACCGGACAGCAUUUACUAUCUGUGUUUAGGUAUCCAGCAAUACCUGUUUGAGAAUGGCAGAAUUGACAACAUAUUCACUGACAUCUACUUCGAGAAAUUCACAGACCGCUUGAACGAAAGCCUGAAAACACUGCGGCCAAAAAUCAAUAGCCAAGGUCAGAUGCUGUGCCGUAUUGAAGAGGAGCACCUGUGGGAGAGCAAGCAGCUCGGGGCCCAUUCUCCGUUCAUCCUGCUAAACACAUUAAUAUACUUCCACACAAAACACUUCAUCCUGAAGACAGCCCAGGAACACCUGUCCCUGUCCUUUGCUCAGAUCCUUAAGCACUGGAAGAAAGGCGUGCCAUUGAAGGGACCAAGUGCUGCCAGCGGCAAGAAUGUAUCCCUGAGAUUCUACUGCCUGGCCAAUGGCAAGAAAG